CUGGUCGCCGCGGCCUCCGCCGCCGUGGUGGCCACCGCGGUGGCCCUCGCGCGCCGGGGGGGCCCGCCCGGGGCGCUGUUCGCCGACGUGGCGGCGGAGCUCACCCAGGGGCCGCCCGAGGAGCUGCCCGCCGCGCCGGGCCCCGCGCACGGCGGCGCGCCCCGCCGCUUCGCGGGCGGAGGGCGUCCGAGCUGGCGCUUCCUGCGGGGGGCCCGCGGCGGAGCUUCGAGGAGUGGGAGGGCCACGUGCCCGACCCCUUCGGCGCCGCGCGGGUCCUGCGGCUGUCCGGGCUGCUGAGCGGGGUCGAGGCUGGGCGCCUCCGCGGCGCGGCGGGGGCGCUGGAGUUCCAGCAGGACGCGGACUCGGUGGACCAGGAGCCCACGUUCCAGGCGACGCUCUUCCAGGACGGCCGUGCCGUGGCGCCGCUUGAGGUGUUGGAGGCGUUUCGGCCGGCGGUGGAGCAGCGGCUCGUCCCCGUGGUGCGCCAGCGUUUCGGGUGCCCUGACUGCGUGCCGUGCACCUCGAUCGUCAGGCGGUAUGUGCCAGGUGAGCGGCGCGAGCACCCGUGGCACUACGACAGCGACGCUUUCGUCACCGCGAUCGUUUCACUGACGCCCCGCACAGGGUACGAGGGGGGGGUCUACCUGCUGCCGAGCUUCAACAUCUCGGAGCGGGAGUUUGUCGACCUGGAGGCGGGGGACGCCGUGCUGCACAGCUUCGAUGCCCUGCACGGGGUAGACGUCCUGGCCGGCGAGCGCAUGUCCCUGGUCGUGUGGAUGACCCCGGGCGCGCGCGCGUGCUCGGAGCGUACCUCGCCGUGGUACGCUGCCGCCGCCGAGCGCGGCGACCCUCGCGCGCAGUACAACCUGGGCCGCAUGCUGGCGCAGGGCGUGGGCGGGGUCGAGGAGGACGCGGCCGCCGGCGUGGCGUGGUGGCGGAAGUCUGCCGAGCAGGGCUACCCGAUGGCCAUGUACAACCUCGCGGUUCGCCUCCACCACGGGAGGGGCGUGCCCGCCGACAAGGCCGAGGCCGUCAGGUGGUACGCCAGGGCUGCGGGCCUCGGCUACCCGCUGGCGAUGGCCAACUACGGCAUGGCGCUGCUCUUCCGGCUCGGCGGCACCCCGCGCAACGCCACUGGCGGCGCGCUGUGGCUGCGGCUGGCAGCAGCGCAGCAGGUGUCCAACGCGAUGUUCCAGCUCGGGCAGGUGCUAUCCACCGGCCAGGACGAGCUGCUGGCCGACCCUGCUGAGUCCGCGCGCUGGCUGCGGGAAGCUGCGCACCGGGGGCACAAGGGUGCGCAGAGCGCCCUG